AUGAGUAAACCCGAAACUACCGAACAUGCUCAUGAGAAUGGCGGUCUCUUUGAGAAUCAUUCUUCCAGUUCUUCUGUUGACCCAGAAAAGGUUUCUGUAGAAUCUGAAGAGGCAGGUAACUCUCAGGUCGGAAACUUGCUUGGAAACUAUACUGAAGAGGAAGUGAUGAACAUGGGCAGAGUGUAUGCCAAAGAAAACGAGUUGGAUGAAGAGUUAUUUGCUAAGGCUGCUGCCGUUGCAAGAGAUCCUUCUGGUUACAAUUCAAUGUCUUUCCUCAGUCAAGAGGAAAAGGAGUCCCUCUAUAUUGAAAAAGAGCAUCCUUGGAGAUUACCAAAAAAGCUAUACUGGUUGGCUUGUACUGCUUCCAUGGCUGCUUGUAUGCAAGGUAUGGAUGAAACCGUUAUUAACGGUGCUAACUUGUACUAUCCUUCUGCAUUUGGUAUUGGUGGUGAUAGUGAUAGAGAUAAAUGGCUCGUGGGUCUUGUCAACUGUGCUCCUUACUUGUGCUGUGGUUGUGUUUCUUGUUGGAUGACUGACUGGCUGAAUUCAAAGUUUUCCAGAAGGGGAACCAUAUUCAUCUGCUGUGUUAUUGGUGUUCUAUGCUGUCUUUGGUCUGCAUUGACUAACACUUGGUGGCAUUUGUUUAUUGCUAGAUUCUGUUUAGGUUUCUCUAUUGGUCCUAACACUACUACCGUUCCUGUUUAUUCUUCGGAGAGUGCACCAGCCAGAAUAAGAGGUGCCUUGGUGAUGAACUGGCAGAUUUGGACUGCCUUUGGUAUCAUGCUUGGUUACGUGUUUUCCCUUGCCUUCUACAGAAUCCCUGCUAAUGGUAUUGGUGAUGGUCUUUCCUGGAGAUUGAUGCUUGGUUCUGCUAUGCUUCCAUCUAUUGCCCUCAUGUGUCAAAUUCCAUUCUGUCCAGAGUCUCCAAGAUGGUUAAUGGGCAAGGGUAGACAUAAAGAUGCCUUUAAAUCCUUGCAAAUGCUAAGAAAUACUGAUCUACUUGCUGCAAGAGAUGCCUUCUAUGCCAACAUCCUUAUUAUGGAGGAAGGCUCAACCAAGGCCUCAUUCUUCCAUAAGAUUAAGGAAAUGUUUACUGUUAGAAGAAACAGAAAUGGUGCGUUGGGUGCUUGGAUCUGCAUGUUCAUGCAACAAUUCUGUGGUAUCAAUGUUAUCGCUUACUAUUCAUCCAGUAUUUUCCUUGAUUCUGGUUUCAGUGAGAGGGACUCGUUAAUUGCAUCUUGGGGUUUUGGUAUGCUUAACUGGGUAUUUGCUGCUCCUGCCUUUUUCAUGAUUGACAAAUUCGGAAGACGUUCUUUACUUUUAAUUGCUUUCCCAUUGAUGGCAGUCUUCCUUUUGAUGGCUGGAUUCGCCUUUUGGAUUCCGGAAACCAAUGAAAAUGCCAGGGUUGCCGUUAUUUGUUUGGGAAUCUAUCUCUUUACUAUCGUUUACUCGUCUUCUGAGGGUCCCGUUCCAUUUACGUAUUCUGCUGAAUGUGCAGCCUUGUACGUGAGAGAUGUUACUAUGUCUUUUGCAACUGCUACCUGCUGGUUCUUUAACUUUGUUUUGUCUUUGACCUGGCCUUCCCUAUUAAAGGCCUUCAAGCCUCAAGGUGCCUUUGGCUGGUACGCUGCUUGGAAUUUCAUUGGUUUCUUUUUAGUGUUAUGGUUCUUGCCUGAGACAAAGAACUUGACUUUGGAGGAACUAGAUGACGUCUUUGAUGUUCCAACAUAUAAGCAUGCUGCUUAUCAGACUAAAGCAAUAAAGAAUUCUUUCCAGAGGUACAUUCUCAGGAGGGAUGUUCCAAAACUUGCUCCGUUGUAUCAAACUCAUAGAAUGGCCGUGACCAACGAGUCAUGGGAGAACAACAAAGAGACAGUUUCUCACAUCCAGUGA